AUUAAACUUUACAAGUGUACUGUUGUUAUUUGUUAGAAUUUUUGUUUAAAUUGUUUUAUCUAGAACAUAAAAAAAAGAAAACAAAAGAUUUACAUACUAUAUCAUUUAAAUUAAUACAAAGUUGUGUGUAAUCCUCAAAAAAGGUGAUAAAAAUUAAAGCAUAAACAUUUGCAAUUAUGGGGUUAUUAUCUUUAUUACGUAAAUUAAGGCCAAAUCCAGAAAAGGAAGCCAGAAUUUUAUUACUUGGCUUAGAUAAUGCCGGAAAAACUACAAUCUUAAAACAAUUGGCCAAUGAAGAAAUAACAACGGUAACACCGACAGCAGGUUUUAACAUUAAGUCGGUUGCAGCUGAUGGCUUUAAAUUAAAUGUUUGGGAUAUUGGUGGCCAAUGGAAAAUUCGACCAUACUGGAAAAACUACUUUGCAAAUACGGAUGUUUUGAUUUACGUAAUUGAUUGUACGGAUCGUGAACGUUUAGCUGAAACUGGCAAUGAACUUUUUGAAAUGUUGAUGGAUAAUCGUCUUAAACAAGUUCCUCUUUUAAUAUUUGCCAAUAAACAGGAUUUACCAAAUGCAAUGUCAUCAUCUGAAGUCGCCGAAGCAAUUGGCCUGGUGCGUCUUGAAGAGCGUACUUGGCAAAUAAAGGCCUGCUCUGCUGUUGAGGGUACCGGUAUUAAAGAGGGUAUGGAUUGGGUAUGCAAGAAUAUGAAAAAAUGAUUCCAGUAUUUUGAAUAGAUUUAAUUCUUGUGAUUAUUUUGCGGUUGUUUUUAAUGUGCACAAUUUAUUAUUUAUUGGAAAUAAAAAUAUUGAUUCCUAGU